GCAGACCUCACGUUAGCUGUCUGGUGUAUACAGAUCAAUGGCGAGGCGAGGCAUGAUGUAGGCUGUCGUGGCGCCCUCACACGUGUCUUUCACCCUUGUUCCUUUCCCCUUCGAGGCUUUAUCACCGCUGCCCGCCAUGAAUGCGUUCUCGGCCACCACGGCUCGCCUGGCCUGGGCCGCCGCCGCCCACCGCGGGAUGGAGUCACCGCUGGUCAGUGAGUACAAGAAGCCCUUCAUCCGCCGCCGCCUUCUGGAGACAUUCCUGGGCGGCCUGCGACUGGCGGCCUCGGAGGACGCGCCGCUCUAUGUCUACUGCAUCCAGGUCGCCAUGUUCUCCGUGGUGCCGCUGGUGACGGUGAUGUUUGUGUUGUUGGAACAGAGUGGGAAGGUCACCCUUAUGGCGGCCAUCCUCAUCAGCGGAGCGGUCGACCUCCUAUAUUCCCUUGCCCUCCAGCUGACAGCAUCCCGGCUACGCUCGCGACAGGACGAGGAGGCGGACAUGUCGCAGGUCAACAUAGCCAGUGACGAGGAGGUUAUAGAAUUUGACUCCCCACUCGGCCCCAAAACGUGGACCUUUCUUAUCAGGGAAAAGAAGCUGAAGGGCGGCAUCAUCAUCUCCUCCCUCAUCACGGGCGUCGUCGGCGGGUGCUGCGUCUACUACAUCCGCCCAUCAACCACCUACCAUCUGGGACCGCCGUGGGCCGCCUCCCUCACCUUCAGCCUGCUUGGGGUCCUGACGGUGGCUGCGGGCACGUGGCCGCUCAUCGGGGGCAGCCCUCCAGAGCCGGCCACCUUCCACCCCCUCGGCCACGACCUGCCCACGCUGUCCCGGCCUGCACAUAUGCUGACCUGCGUCCUGCUACACUUCCUGGCCAACCGGCACCCAUACAACUGGCUGCUCACAGUGGAUGCCUUCACCCACACUCUCUUUGCCCUGGCCCCGGCACUCUGGCUCCUGGGUAUCCUGCCUCCCAUCGACGCCUAUGUCUUGUGGCUCCUGGAACAGUGGCUCGUGCUGGUGCUGGGCGGCUCCCCAGUGUCAUCCACCCGUCGGCUCUUGGCACAGGUGUUCUUUGGCACACUCUCCCUCCUCAUGGUGGCGGCCCUGCCCUCGUACCCUUCCAUGAUCGUCUUUGCCGCCUGUCGGGGUUUCGUCCUGAGUGUUGACAUGGCCUGGAUGGUGUCGUCUCUCCUCUCUCACCGGGUCUCCAUCCUCGCGGGGUUGUCGGGGAAGUACGACGAGACCCACCCUGGCCCUGGCGGCGCCCCCUCGCUCCGCCGCCAGACGUGCCACAGGGAGCUCGUGCUGGUGGUGGUGAUGCUGGUGGCUGUGUCGGGCAUGAGUCUGGGGUGCCACGUGCCGCAUAUGGAAUGGUAUGAGCAGGUGGUCAACAUCACGUGGGAGAACGGCACGGUUUCCAAGUUCCCGAGCCGGCCCGCGCUGUUCCAGGAGCCGGCCCGUGACACAGUGGGCGUGGGGCUCCUGGUGCUGACCCUGGCCAUGCUGCUGGUGGGGGAGGGCCAGAAGGUGUACCUGCUGGGCCUGCUGAGGAACCCCUUCUUCCCGGCACUCUCCCCCGGCGGCAGUGAUGGUGGUGGUGGUGGUGGUGGUGGCUCCUGUCUGCAUGUGUACUCCCAGCUGUUACUCAUAGGCUGUCCCCUCCUGUCGCUGGUGUUCGUCCAUCAGGCUGUGUCGGCUGAGCUGCCCCUCUUGGCUGUGGCCUUGCCUGAGACCUUUGGACACCUCCUGCUGACGGUUCCCCUCGCCAGGGUGAUGCGCCAGAUCUGGCAGUUCCCGCAAGCGUCCUUUCUUCAACUCUCCAUAUAUUACAUCCUGGACGUGGUGUGGCGGCGGGGGGGCGUGUCCUCCGGGGGGCCUCUGGGGGCGUGGGCGGCCAUCUCCCCGGCGGUGCGCAUGCUCAUCCUCAGCGUGGCGCACCUCUGGGGGGCGCGUGUGCUGCACCGCCUCUCCACGGUGCUGCUGUUCCUCAUGACGCCAUUCACGGAGAAGAAGCACAAGAACUCGGUCAACUUCUUCCUGCUGGGCUUCAACCUGGCGCUGUCCCCGGUCCUUCUGGCGCUGGUCAUCGUCUCUGCCAUGCUGUGUGCCCCCCUCCUGCCGGUCUUUACGCUGCCGGUGUUCCUGCUGGGGUUCCCGAGGCCCCUCAGGUUCUGGUCGUACCCGGUGGGCCGCGCGUCCAACUCCUGUGAGGACUCUGUGUACUACCAGCAGCUGACGCCACAUGUGAUGCUGGCGCUCCACGCUCACCUGCAGGCCGGCGCGCUGGGCAUGACGGAGCCCGGGGAACACUUUCUGCUGCGCUGGGAGGACAGGUUCAUCUGGGUACAGAUCCUUGAGUCCGGGUUCACCUACCACUACUACAGCGUCAAGGGCUUGGAGCUUCAGGAGACCAGUUGCCACACUGCCGAGGCCUCACGCGUCGACGCAAACUUCAGCCGCGCCUUCGACCUCCCAGAGAGCAGCAGCAGCAAGGGGAAGGUGUUUGCAGCGCUCAUCAACCGCCAAGCCUUCCACACCCUCACCCCCCUCACCCGGUUCUCCGUCCCGGGGUACUCCGACACCCGUAACGUCCUGACGGGUGUUCUCGACUCACCCGACACACUGGGGAUGGUCCGUGACUACUUCCUGAAGGCGCUUAUCUACAUACUAGUUGACCAUGCUGUCUCUAGGGCCAUCGGGCGACCUCAAGGCCCCCAACCAGCGCCUCACAGCCGUCCCGUCACCACGAGUAAGAGCCAGGGGCAUUUGAGGAACCUCCCGCGAGUGCCGAGAGGAAAAACGUCGCUACCGGACAGCCCAUCGCCGGUUGUGUCCGAUCAAGAGAGCCCGGUUACGUCGCUUGGCGGUAGACGGUUCUCGCACUCAUCCUGGCAGAGCGGGAGGGGUAGUCGGGUGGCCUGGGCGGGGGAGCAGACCGGGAUACCCAUCGUGCGGACUGGGGACACACCACCGCCACCACCAGUGAACUGGGAGGAGGAGGAUGACGAGAUUGACAGAAGAGAACGGAGGAGGAGCCACUCGUCAUCGCAUAUCCGUGGUCUUGUCUCGGCAGGCUCCCCGGACGUCACUACCCCCGGCAGCUUCAUCCCGGGGCGCAUGUACGACUCAGACUCCGAUGAUGGCAGCUCCCCGCACCACAACGCACGCCGCACAAACAGACACACACACACGUACGCCCAAACCACAUCAUCGAGAGUCGUUAAUUUGCGAGUGGUGGCACGGGGAGGGGGUGGAGGUGGUGUGCGGCCCUCCUCGCCUAUAUACGAGAGCCCCCUCAGCGCGGCACUGGCACCCGCAGCGGACUGGAUGGCCGACUCGCCGAUCGAAACGGAAUCUCUCGAGGAAGCGCAGGACGCAUUCCCGCACGCCUGGUUCAAGUUUCUCCUCAGCACGUUCGGACAUGUUUACCUCCAGCGCCUUGACACUCCCCCCCUGCCCACCCAGACGGCCCCCCCCAGCACGUCCUCCUCCUCCAGCUCCUCCUCUUCGGGGGCGUCCAGCGAACCCGCCAGCACCCACCAGCCUGGGAGUAAGGGGGGCCAGGGCGGGACACAGGGCGGGCAGGGGGACAAUGUGAUACAGAGAAUGCAGUAUGACGAGACGCUGGAGGACGCCUACAGGCUGCUCAUCGGGACCUGCCACCUCAUCCUGCUGGGCCCAGACGACCUGCCGCCCUCGCCCUCGCAGGUGUACAAGACCUUCAGCGGGGAGGUGCCCUGGUCACCGCACCUGGACUGGCUCGUCAGUAAGCCCGUCCUCUACAACCUGGUGCUCAUGGCCUACAGGAUCGGGGUGAAGCUCUCCCUGGACCACACGCUCAUCGGGGGCAUCACCGGGUGGGCCGAGCUGCACUCCCACAUGGAGGACUACACCCGGAACUGGUACCUGGGCCCAGACGUGAGGGUGCCGGAGCCCUCCCCCAACGCCCCCCGCACCCCCCAGGGCCUCCACGGCAAGGCGCUGGAGUACAAGGAGAGUGGCCUGUGGGGUCCCCAGAGCUGGACGGAGGCGGUGAGCAUGGAGGUGCCCAAUCUCUUCGCGCUGGGCCAUAACGCAGUCAAGGGCGUGUACACCUCUCACCUCCUGACGCUGGGUGAGGCUGAGGUGCGCGUGGGGCGGCUGGGCGGGGAGACGGUGCGGGCGCUGUGGGCGUCGCUGGUGGCCGAGCUGCUUUACCUCACCAACGACGAUGACGAACGAUACUCCAUACAGGCUCACCCCGGGCUGCUGCGUAACCUGACCAUCCAAGCUGCGGAUCCCCCCCUCGGCUACCCCAUCUUCUCCAGCCCCCCCCUCCGCCUGGCGACCACCUGGCUCAGCGCCACCUACCGGCAGCUGCACCACGACCAAGAGAAGGAGCACCAACAGAAGUAGUAGUAGUGGUAGUAGUAGUAGUUUGGGUGUUAGUGGUGGGUAGUUUUGUGAGCCUGGUGAUGGCUUGGCAAGGCUUCUUUAGCGUGAACUUGUUAAAACACUCGUGAGAACCCGACUCAUCUCCUUUGUGGCCUUGGGAAAUGGGUGUUGUGAGAGCUGAAAGUGUCUGAGCUAAGCCGGCCCUGGAGUGGUUUGUCGUAUAAGCCAUUUUACUCCAAAUUUCCCUUCAGAAUCAAUAGACCAAAACUGUCCUUUUUUAUCCCUUUCUAUAUAUUUCUUAGUUCUUACUGUAUGUCCAUGGACUGUUUUACGAGCCCAGUGGUGGCUUGGCAAGGCUUCUGCUGCACCGUGAAUGUGAUAGAAUGCCCAUGUGAACCAGACUUGUAUAUGUGGCCUUGGUUAACUGUGAGAGCCGGAAGGAUCUGUGGGGAUGGUGAUACAAGGUUGGGGUCAGGCCAUACAAGAGGGAGCUGGUCUCUUCUUCGUCUGCCUGGGUAAUGCUCAUAGGAGGGUUAAGAUGUAAGGGUUUGUUGUUUUUAGCUGCUUCAUCAGUGUUGUGUUGUGUGUCACAGGAAUGGCCAAGGAAGGAGAGCUUGUAAUAGGGGUGAAAAUAUAUGUUUAAUUCUAUUCAAAUUUUCACACGAAUUCUUGUGCUCUCUUUCUAACCCAUUCAUAUAUUUAUUACCACAAAUAUUUAUUUAUUUAUUACAACCGAUAUUUAUUCAUUUAUUCACAUAGACUUGAUAUCCUUUUGUGCUCAACCUCACUGUGUAUUUUGUUGCCAGAUGAACAAUGACGAGAUUAUCUUUACUAUGUUGUAUUUCCUUCCCUAAACUCUCUAUACUCUUCUUCUGUAAGGAUAUUUUCAUGCAGUUAUUGUUACUAUUUAUGAUAUUGCUUUUUAUUACUUAUUUACUACUGUUACUAUCUUAUUAUUUGUGUUGUGUGUCAAAAUGUUUUAGAAUGAGGAAUUAGCGACUUUUUUCUUCUUUUUUAUAAAGGGAAAAGGUACAAUUAUAUGCCUCUGUAUCCAUAAGAAGGAGAGAUUUAAAACACACACACACACACACACACACACUUUUUUUUUUUACAGCAAGGAGACAGCUCAAGGGCACACAAAAAAGGAAACAAUAAUAAAAAAAAGCCCGCUACUCGCUGCUCAUAAAAAGAAUCGAAGGUGGUGGCCGAAAGAGGGGUCAAUUACGGGAGUAUGAAUCAUUGAGUUUUCGGUAAUUAUCAGUCGCCUGCAGUGAUGUGUUAACUAUGGGAAUUUGUUUGCGAUUAUCUAUUUUAACACCGAGUAGAAUAAGUCCGCUAGUUUGUACCCAUAAUGAAGAGGAGAGCUUGUUUCGUCAGUGUUCAGUUUUCGGUAAUCAUCAGUCGCCUGCAGUGAUGUGUUAACUAUGGGAAUUCGUUUGCGAUUAUCUACUUUAACACCGAGUAGAAUAAGUCCGCUAGUUUGUAGACAUAAUGAAGAGGAGAGCUUGUUUUGUCAGUAUUGAGUUUUCGGUAAUCAUCAGUCGCCUGCAGUGAUGUGUUAACUAUGGGAAUUCGUUUGCGAUUAUCUACUUUAACACCGAGUAGAAUAAGUCCGCUAGUUUGUACCCAUAAUGAAGAGGAGAGCUUGUUUCGUCAGUAUUGAGUUUUCGGUAAUUUUCAGUCGCCUGCAGUUAUGUGUUAACUAUGGGAAUUCGUUUGCGAUUAUCUACUUUAACACCGAGUAGAAUAAGUCCGCUAGUUUGUACCCAUAAUGAAGAGGAGAGCUUGUUUCGUCAGUAUUGAGUUUUCGGUAAUUUUCAGUCGCCUGCAGUUAUGUGUUAACUAUGGGAAUUCGUUUGCGAUUAUCUACUUUAACACCGAGUAGAAUAAG